AUGCUUGCUAUCCACCUGUCUGUGUUUAUCAGUUGUCCUGGUUCCGUGAUGUUCCUGUUUCAUUUGAAACGGGCGAAUCAGUUCAUCCUGCACACAGGAGACUUCAGGUUUGAACCAAGCAUGCUCAAUUCUUCCAGUCCUCUGGCUACCUUUCUACCUGCUUUACCUACUGACAAUGGUUCACUCUCAAUCCUCAAUGCAGUUUACCUAGAUACAACAUACUUAUCUCCACAAUACGACUUUCCCACUCAGCAUUCGGUCAUCUCGAGUGCAGUAGAAAUCACCCGAAACCAGCUAUCUAAAGAUCCAUCGACCAUGGUCGUUUGUGGAAUGUAUUCCAUCGGAAAGGAACGUUUUGUGUACGGUGAGUAGUCGACAGGACACCUACUAUCGGUUGGCUGGCUUAGAGCGUCAUGUACCAUUUUUUCUUCCUCUUACUUAGCGAGGAGCACGUUUUAAGAUAACUACAAACCGUUUCACCCGCCUGCGAGUGAUACAGUGGUGCUAGUGAGCUGGGCAGUGGGAUUGCUUAUCGUUAUCAUAUUAGGCCACUUAGUGAAGAAAUCCACUGCAAUCAGCUGAAACUGACUGUUGUUUCAUCACCAUUAUCAUCAAUCCUCAUCAUCAAGGUGAAAAUCACUUCAGCAACUGUGUCGCAAUACAUAAGGGUAAAAUAUACGAAAAAGCGACAUAAUAAACAUCAUGGAAUACAAGAGGCAACGCACUGCUUAUUACCCUUUUGUGCUUCAAGAAGGAAAUCAUGCUUGUAGUGGAAGAUAAGCUGGAUGAGGAUGAACAACGUGACGCACAUUACAAACGCCACUGCGGUCAGCCCCUUGCCAUGUCAACUAUUGAAUCUAAACAGACCUCUUCAUUGUCUUUCGGUCUCUAGUCCGGCAGCUGGAAACAACCAACCGACAGAAGUGAGGGUUUUCAUUCCUCUUGACCAAUUCAUCUCUUGGCCCAUUUUCUUCUUCCAUCCACACCUGCGCCGCACAAACAUCAUCAUCAACAGCAGUACAUCAGCCAUUUGAACUGAUGCUUCACUGCCAUACAACCAUACCGACCUACAGAACAACGUUAAUACCCUAAGCUAACAUUCAG